AUGGCCCCCAACGUCAGAAGUCCAAACCUUGGAGCAGCACGGCAACAGAAUCUGAACUCGCUCAAACUGACAAUCUCCCAACGCUUUUUCCUCCAUCCGCUUUCCCCUUUCUGCCUUCCCUCAAGCCCGCACCUCCCCCUCCCUGCUUUCCCCCGUCUCCUCACCUCUCUCUUCCCCUCCCCCUGGCUGUGGCAGGACUUUGGGUCGUUGAACCGGCUGGACACCGACUCGCUGCGCCUUGCGUCCACGUGGCACGGGCUGCACGCCAUCGCCAUGCAGCUGUCGCCCAUCCCCAACGGAGGCGGCAUAGAGAUGCUGGAGGCGGGCACCUUUGAUCUGCACUGCUUCCAGACGCUCACAGGUGCCCUCCCACCCAUCAACUCCACCCACAGGAGUGUUGCCAUUCAGAUUGGCUGGUGA